CUUUUCUUGCAGAACACCCCCUGCAAACAUCCCGUUGUUAUGUUGGCCGGUGUCAACGCCAAUGAUUUGGAGGCAUUGUUGGAAUUUGUCUAUCGUGGUGAGGUUAGUGUCGAUCAUGCCCAAUUACCAUCACUGUUGCAGGCAGCACAAUGUUUAAAUAUACAAGGACUGGCGCCACAAACCGUGACCAAAGAUGACUAUACGCAUUCGAUACAGUUGCAGCAUAUGAUACCCCAACAUCACCAUGAACAAGAACAAUUGAUUGCCACCAUUGCCACGGCUCCCCAACAAACGGUACACGCUCAAGUUGUUGACGACAUUCAUCAGGCUGGACAAAUUCUGCAGACGACGACACAAACCCAACAAGGCGGACAACAGCAAACGAUUGUGACCACAGAUGCGACCAAGGAUGUUAUACAACAAUAUUUGCCGGCACGCAAACGUAAACCCAGAACUAAGAAAAUGUCACCCACGGCCCCGAAAAUCACCAAAGUUGAAGGUAUGGACACGAUCAUCAGUACACCCACGACAUCGCAUACCACAACCACGGUCCAGACAACACAGCAACAACAACAACAGCAGCAGCAACAACAGGUCCAACAGCAACAACAACAGCAGCAGCAACAAAUCGAAAAUGGCAACGAUGGCUCAAUGAUCACCUCAACACCGAUUAUCAAGAGUGAAGUUACCAAGGUAGAGACAAUUGUUAUGGAUCCGAACACAAGUGAAAUAAGUAUUUCAACUCCCGGCAAAACUGGCAAGCGAACCAAGAAUUUGAGUGGCGAGAAACCCCGUUCCCGAUCACAAUCCGAACAACCGGCCACCUGUCCCAUCUGUUAUGCCGUCAUACGUCAAUCGCGUAAUCUACGUCGUCACUUGGAACUCAGACAUUUUGCCAAACCCGGUGUGAAAAAGGAAAAGAAAACUCCCGGUAAAAAGACCGCCAUGGCUGUGCCACCCGGUUCAUCGAAUGCCUCUGGAACUUCAACGGUAACUACAACAUCGGUUAGCACUGUGCCGCAGGUACAAUCGGUCCAAUCGCUGCAUACCCUACAAACGGUGCAAGUUAAGAAGGAUCCUGAUGCACAAAGUCAAGGACAGACAAUGACAGUGACCACCACAACAACGGGAAAUAAUAAUGGACAGCAAGCUCAACAACAACAGCAGAACCAGCAACAACAAUCACAACAACAGCAACAGGUGCAACAAGUUCAAGUACAACAGGCUCAGCAGCAACAACAACAAAUACAACAGCAUCAUAUUAUCGAUCAAUCGGGUAAUAUAUCAACGACCACCACAACAACAACAAAUACCGGACAGCAGCAAGCCCAGCAACAACAACAGCAGCAGCAGCAAAAUCAACAGCAACAACAACAAAUUGUAACACAAACUGAAAACACCGAUGGCACCACAUCCUUAUCCAUAGCCCAGGUUCAAACUCUGCCCUCCGGUCAUCAAAUUCUGGGCAAUAUUAAUCAGGGCAACAACAAGAACAUUUUGGUAAAGAAGGUUUUCAUUUUGAAAGGCAGUAAUAAUACGUAAUGAUGAUCCAACGAUAUGAUCUGCGGCUCCGACGGUGGUACAGCAGCAGCAGCCAAUCAGCAUGCCGCUGCCGCAACAACGGAUAACGGAGUCGAGGUCGUAACGGCUGGUACAACAACGGCAGCGGCAUCAUCUUCGACAACAUCAUCGGCAGUAACAACAUCGACUGUCGUGGCCGCAACGACG